GUCGCCUGCUCACUUUGCCCUCUCAUUGACAAGGCACGAAAGACGGCAAGAUGGCACUGAACGUUGAAGAAAAGCAGCAGCGUCUUCUCCCUCUUUUUCAAUACGUUCCUCUUUUAACAAAAGAGAAAUUUAGUUUGAAAGUAGAGAGAGAUGAACGUCUCGAAGGAUUGGGAAUUCUUGGACGUGGAGUUCUUUUCUCAUACUUUCACAGAGAUCAUCUGGAAGAAGCGAGACACUUAUUUGAAAUCUUGAUUUCUGCACCAACAUUCGAUGAAUUUAUGGAUCUAUGUCAUCAAGCUCGUGACUUUGUCAAUGAGGGACUUUACAUUUAUGCUGUGGCAGUGGCUAUACUCCAUCGUAACGACUGUAGACACGUUACUCUUCCUCCAGUCCAAGAAAUUUUUCCAGAAAAAUUUGUGCCAAUAGAAACUCUUCUCAAGGCGUAUAAAUUGGCAGCCAUGCACGAUGACAAAGAAGAGGUAGUUGUAAAAUCGGAAAAGACUGGCAAUAUAUUAGAUCCCGAAUACAACCUUGCUUACUACCGUGAAGAUAUUGGUAUCAAUGCACAUCAUUGGCAUUGGCAUCUGGUAUAUCCUGCUACCUGGAGAGCGGAAGUGUUAGGAAGACGCAAAGAUAGAAAAGGAGAAUUAUUUUACUAUAUGCACCAGCAAAUGUGCGCUCGAUAUGAUUGCGAGAGAUUAUCAAAUGGAUUACCUCGUAUGAUUCCAUUCCAUAAUUUUCACGAUCCUUUGGAAGGUUAUUCUUCUCAUCUCGCUUCUGUUGUUAAUGGUCAACCAUACGCUUCCAGACCUGAAGGAGUUGUUAUGCAAGACAUGAGAGAAGUGUCAGUCCAAGAAAUGGAAAGAUGGAGAGAAAGAAUUUUCGAUGCCAUUCAUUUAGGAUCAGUUGUAGAUAAACAUGGAAAAGAAGUGUCUCUAGAUGAGGACCAUGGCAUCGAUGUUUUAGGAAAUUUAGUGGAAUCAAGCUAUGAUUCAAUCAACGAUGAUUAUUAUGGUAGUUUACAUAACUGGGGUCAUGUGCUUAUGGCUCGUGCUCAAGAUCAUGACGGAAGAUAUCAAACAAAUCCGGGUGUAAUGAGUGAUACUGCUACUUCUUUGAGGGAUCCAAUCUUUUACCGUUGGCACAGAUUUAUAGAUGACAUGUUCCAAGAAUAUAAAAAGACUUUGCCAAAUUAUAACAAACAACAGCUAGGAUUUGUUGGUGUAGAAAUUCAAUCAGUAACUGUAAAAACAGAAAAAAAUGUAAACACAAUUCAAACCUUCUUCAAAGAGGACGCACUCGUAGUUUCUCAUGGCCUUAACUUUAACAGAAGUGGAGCUGUAAAAGUAACUUAUGAGCACUUAGACCACGAACAAUUCACUUACAAAAUCAAGGUUUCUAACCAAGGAACCAAGACAAGACAUGCUUACGUUCGAAUCUUUUUGGCACCAAAGUUCGAUGAACUUGGCAAUGAAAUAAAAGCUAACGAAUUGAGAAGACUUAUGGUAGAAUUAGAUAAAUUCCCAACUGAAUUGGAACCAGGAAUAAAUACCAUCGAACGCUCUUCACGAGAUUCGAGUGUAACUGUUGAUCAAGAUUACACUUUCCGUAGUUUAUUGGACGAAACAGAAGAACACCAUACUGAAUCAUGUAACUGUGGUUGGCCUCAACAUCUUUUAAUCCCCAAAGGAAAAGACAAAGGAAUGCCUUUCCAUUUGUUUGUCAUGUUAACAGAUUUCACCCAAGAUUUUGUUCCUGAUCAUGCACACAGAUCUGGAACGUGUGCAGAUGCAGUCAGCUAUUGUGGACUUAAAGACGAAUUGUAUCCAGAUAAACGCCCAAUGGGUUUCCCAUUCGAUAGGGAAAUUGAAGAAGAAGAUUUGAAAGAUUGGCUUCUUCCCAAUAUGUCUGCAACUGAAAUAAGCAUAAUGUCCAAUUCUCAGGAAGUCCAUCAUGAAUAAAACUACAAAAUUAAAUUGAUAUAUAAAAUCAAAUUGCACAUAAA